GGUCCGUGACGUCAGCCUGUGGACACUCCCUUUUCCCCAGCAGAGGGAGAAAGAUGGCGCCCACACACGUACUGAGAUGCUGUCAACGGGGCUUAGCAUGGAUACCUGUGAUUUUUAUCGCCCUGGUCGUCUGCUGGUCGUAUUACGCCUACGUGGUGGAGCUUUGUAUAUUCACCAUCACGAGUAUAGGAGAGCAGAUUGUCUACCUGAUCUUCUUCCACCUCUCUUUCAUCAUGUUUGUAUGGUCUUACUGGAAGACCAUCUUCACCAAGCCUGCCAACCCCUCCAAAGAGUUUUGCCUGCCCAAGGCUGAGAAGGAGCGUUAUGAGAAGGAAGAGAGGCCAGAGUCGCAGCAGGAGAUCCUGUGGAGAGCAGCCACCAGCCUGCCUCUGUACACCCGAACAGGAGCUGGAGCAAUCCGUUACUGUGACCGCUGUCAAGUGAUCAAGCCAGACCGAUGUCAUCACUGCUCAGCAUGUGACAUGUGUGUACUCAAGAUGGACCAUCACUGUCCCUGGGUGAACAACUGUGUGGGAUUCUCCAAUUACAAGUUCUUCAUCCUCUUCCUGGCCUACUCGCUACUGUACUGUUUGUUCAUUGCUGCCACAGUUCUACAAUAUUUCAUAAAGUUCUGGACACUUUGCCGGAGGAAAUCGGCAGAGAACUGCCCAAAGAAUGAGCUGCCAGACACUCACGCCAAAUUCCAUGUCUUGUUUCUUUUUUUUGUGGCGGCCAUGUUCUGCAUCAGUAUUUUGUCCCUCUUCAGCUACCACCUGUGGCUUGUAGGGAAGAACAGGUCCACUAUAGAGGCGUUCAGAGCACCAGUCUUUAGAACAGGCUCUGAUAAGAAUGGCUUUUCUCUGGGUUUCCGGAAGAAUAUUGCUCAGGUCUUCGGUGACCAGAAGAAGUACUGGCUGCUGCCCGUCUUCACCAGCCAGGGAGACGGCCUGACGUUCCCCACUCGGCUGGUCAACGUUGAUGCAGAGCAGGCCACAGUGACUCUGCAUCCAGAGCCAAAUAAAAGUUCUGCCGAGGUCCCUGUGAGCCCGCUCAGCGAAUCCCAGAAUCGCCUCCUGAGCAACGAGCAGCACGCCAAUAACACCGGAGACCAUCUGGCUAAUAACACUCUCAAAUCAGCUGAAAGUGAAACCAUUACAAUCUCCGUGGAGAGCGAAUCCUAACCAGGAGAAACACCUCAGUCAUCUAAUAUGAUGCCUUAAGCAACACAACCGUUUAGUUCAUCACCAUGGCAACAGUCCCUCAGUGGAACCGCAUCCCCACAGACCCAUUCAGAGUAACUAUGGAAAUGCAGUCAAUUUGCCCGUCACAGCAAUGCAUUUAUAGCGUUGGCGUUUUUGCAUGCCGUGUCAUAAGCACAUCUCACACCUCCUCCCAGAAGACAUGUGAUGCAAGCUUGUUCCCAGGCUCACCAACACACACACACACACACACACACACACACACACACACACACACGCUAACAGCCACACAUUCAGCUAUAUGCCUAUUUCUUUGUGCUGUUUCUUUCUCUCUCUCUCUCACACACACACACAAAUCGAGCAUUUAUUGAUGAAGAAAAUCUAAGAAUCCUGGAGGGAAUCGGAGCUACUUUUGGUGUUUAACGAGACAACUUUUUGUGCCAAAAGCUUCCCGGGCGAACCAAGACUUCAUUUAGAGGCACAAAGCUACAGUGAAGAGUGUGGGACAAGCUGGAGCAGAGCAGUAUAUUUGUUUUGAACAUUUCCUCUCUCGUGUUUUCAGAAAGGCAGUACUUGCUGUGGAGAUGGAUGAAUCAGUUUACCUGUGUGACUGUUUUUUUUUUUUUUUGUGUGUGUGUGUGUCUUAUUUUUAACUAAUAAUAUUGGAACGCAUUUAUGGGCCUUUUGAGAUGGAUGCUUCCCACCACAACCUGGACCAUCUUACAGGGGACUCUGCUGCACGGUUCAGUGGACUGCCAGUGCACAAAAGGGAAGACAGGCUGGAUUUGGAGUGGCAUUUUGGAUUUCAGAGCACAAGAUGGCGCAUUUGCACUUUGUAGAUUAUCAAUGUCCAUCACAAAAAAACGUGCUGCUUUUUUUUUUUUUUUUUAUCAUGUCCAAAAAGCAUCCCAGGUGUGACAGAUGUUGGAUGAUCAUGUGAUUCAUGGUGUAUUGUGUGUGUGUGCGAGAGAGAAUGUCUAUAACAGUUAAAGUGGCAGUCAUAAUUCCUUUUUUUAAAUGACUAACAGAGACUAAAAGUAUCAGCUUUAUGUGUUUUUGUGGCCAACUGGUGUUCGAACCUGUUUAUAAAUGCACCGUUUAACCUGGGAGAUGUAUUUCAUGCAAUGCGCAGCGUCUUUCACUACCUGAUCAUUCGGAGUCUGACCAGUGAUUCUUAGCCCGCUACGUGUUCCAGCUUGUUUUUCUACAGCUCAGUGCUUUCAACCUUUACUAAGAUACCAACACUCAUUGCCAAAUAAGGGCUGGCUUGUCAGGAGCUCUGACCUCCAAACCUGAAGUGUUUACAGCAUCUUAGCUUUAUCUUAACCUCACUGGCCAAUGUCAUCAUAACCAAAUUGUAUUUACCAGUAGCUGUGGCGCAGUACUUCACACAUUUAUCUGUCCCUUCUACCUGUUGUGGGUCAUGAUGUCCUUGCAACGCCAGUGCUCGCCAGCAGGUGGCUCAAAACUCCUGUUAUCUGCCGAGUUUUCUGUGCAUCAUUCAACUCAGGGCUCAAUUCACCUUCAGUCCAAUUUGCAGGUGUGAUUUUAUUCACAAUUAGAUAUUUUCUUAAGAUCCAAUUAAAUAUGCAUUUCUCUCCCGAAGCGACCCAUCCAGAUUUAACCUGAAAGUGAAUUGAACCCGUCCGAUCAGCUGUACAAUAGAGGCGUCAGCUACAGCGUCUGCUCACCUUGUCACUGCAGACACGUGUGCAAUUCAAAGUCAGCUAAGUGUUGUGACCUUGAACUGUUGAAGAGCCUCAGUUUGUGUAAAAUUUACCAGUGAAUUGUCUCGUGUCAGUGUUGAGCAUCUGACUCACAGGCUCUGGCAAAAUCUGUAAUGGAAGACUGUGUUACCUGAUUAAAAAAACAAAACACAAAUAACGGUUGUUCAGGAAUGAGUUCCAUCCUUAUUCCAAGGAUUAGUGUUGUGUUAGUGCAACUUUACAUUCAUGUUGGAGGGCGACAGCAACUUCCUGAUGUCCGUCAUUACUCCCGUCUCCAAUCACAUCCCUGACUGUUGCUGGAUGAGCCUCCUACUAACUAGAUCCCACCAGACUCUGGUGAUGUACAAGUUUACAGCUGUUUCUAUAGUGUAGUGUGAGGUAGUGGUGUUGUAAGAUGUGGAUGUCUCUCGGUAAUAAUGUCACAGUUGUGCUGAAUGAGCCACAGGCGGGCCAGUGAAGGUGUCUGAUUUGAAUAAUGGAGCGUUAAAAACAGCCUUGCUCUUCUGACUUCUUAUGUUUACGUUCUUCUCCUUCCAAUCAUGUUUGAGUAUAUUUGUAAGUACUCUUCAGAAACAAAGAAUUGGGGGAUCUUUGUUACUGUAUAAUCACUGUGGUUGGAUCUCAAAGUAGCAGAUUACAUUACUGUUGGAGAUCAUGAUCCAAGCCCAGGUUGAGUUCUGGUCACGCGCGGAUUUUUUCUAAACUUCACGUUUUGACAUGUAGUUAAAGAAAAAGACGAAACAGUCAUGUUGUGUAUCUUGAAUACGGAGCCUGGCUCGUUCCACUAGUCACUUACAGCCACUGAUUCAGAAACAUUGGACCUGUCGUCUUGUUGUUUUACACAUUGCCUAUAUUCUUUCUCCGGGCUGUUUGGCCUCGAGACUAAAGUGCGCGCGUGUAUUUUGUAACGCUUAAAAGUGAGUGUUCUUUUGUAAUACUGUUGUCUUGGGAGAAGUGCUUCUGUGCAGCCAUGAGAUUUUUACAUGUCUGUGAACAUACAGUGCCGAGAAAAAGCAUAUGCCCCUUUCUCAAAUUCUUUUUUUUUUUUACGUAUUUUCCUCCACUUCAAUGUUGAAGAUAAUCAAACUAAUGUAGGUUUGGAUAGCUUUUUUUCCCCCCUGAAAACAUUAAAUCAUCUAAAAGCUGCAUUUUGUGUUUACUUUGGUUUUCUUUGAUGAUCUUAGACGUUUAAGUGGGGGAAAUAUUCAGGAAAAAAAAUAAGAAUUAGAAGAGGGGGAAAAUACUUUUUCACGGCAUUGUACAUAAAUGUCUGACUAAUGCUCAAAAGCAUGGCGCCUAACGUCUGUUUUUAAAAAAAGUUUUACCAUGAAAAUGGGGAUUGAGGUGUUAUAACAGAAAUUGGGUUUUUUUUCCCAACUAUAGCUAGGUGUGUCAUGUUUUUAAUUAGCUUUACUCUGGUCUGUCUCAACUUUAUAAAUGAAGCCAUAAAAACUCCUGUGAAAACGGAAAAAGAAUCUGAAAAUUUCAGUAUAAUUUUGGUUCUCUCUUCUUUCUUUUUUUAAGACUGAUUACAUGCUACAUCUCGCUUCACAGCACAGAUGUGGCCUAUCAUGACUUGCUUAUUGCUACAUUUUGGUUUCUUUUUGUUACAAUGUCCUAUUUUACAAUGUGUGUAUAUAUAUAUAUUGAUAAUGUAAGAAAAAGACAACAUAUAUAUUUUUCUUGUCUGAUUAAUUUUACUGUUCCUAUUUUGUGAAUGAAGUACAUGCCUCUACACAAUUAACGUGAAAAUAACAAUAAAUGUUUUUUUAAACCUCCA